AUGUCUAAAGAAAACAAAAUGGGGAAAGAGAAAUCGUUUGGCAUACUGGACACAGAUUUUACCCUUCGCAAGUCAAUUGAGGUAAAUCUUUCUAAGGGGCUGUUAGCACGCACACUCCAUGGUUUUUACGUUCAGUUCAACUUUCAGUUCAGUUAAACAGUUUAACUGACUAAGUUUCUUCGUUGCUAAAUUAAACUUAUUUAUGGGCUUCAUUGAAAAAAAAAUAUUAACCUAGAACUGCCAAAAGAAUAAAUAUCGCACUUACAAUUCAUUAUUGUAUGUUAUCCUUUUGUUAGGAGUAUCACUCGAAACUAAGUCAAGCAUUCAGGUAAGUGAAGGAAAAAUCCAACUCGUUAUUAAAAGCCGAACACAUAUGGGGAGAUUAUAUUCCUAUAUUCCUAUACUUAUAAGAAGUUCUGAAAUGAGAAUGAGCGAGUACUAUGGUGUGUUUACUGUAUUAACUUCUACAAAUCGCAUAUUAGUUGGGAACAUCCAUAACUGUUGCGCGAAUUCUUCAACCUUGCCAUUUGCUAGUAGUAGUCCCCGAACCAUGACAUUAAAGGAACCCGCAAAACACUAUGAUUUCCUGAACAGGAGAGGAAAGACAGGAACUCGAACUAUCAGGUCUCCUACAUCUGAGGAACUGGAAAACUAAGCUACUUGUCAUAGUUCCCUGUCUUUGCGAUGUAGGAAUGAAAAAUUCCCUUCGACUUCAUAUCUUACCCAUUGCAGUUGACUGGUCUGUAUUUCUCACCGGCUCAGUUUUUAAAGUUAAAGUACUCUGCCACCUACUGUGUAACAGUACUUCUCCUGCAUGUCUUGUUCAGCACUGGUUUCCCCGACGUUUCUUCAAGUUUCCUCAACAGGCCAGUCAUAAUUUUGGUCGGAGAGAACAGGCCAAGGGCGUAUCUUAGUAGGGGGAGGAGGCUGGGGCGCCCGUGACCCUUCCGUUUGUGAAGCAUUCAGCCCCUAAAAUGCAAGAGGGCGAAACACACAAAUCCAAAAACUUUUCAGAGCGUAAAUCUUUUCCACUGCCUUUCGCCGAAAGAAAACAAGCCUGCUAGGUAAAGCUGAGGAAAAUCCUUCUUUACGCGUAAGGCGCGCGAAACUCGUAACCGUGUCCCACUUUUUGAAAAACUUCUCAACAUAGCUACACCCUAAGAGAACUUUCUGAGAGUAAAGUGGCUUGCCUACGAAAACAAAACAGUGAUUCAGCUGGGACCCGAGUCCAAACGACUCACAACAUCCCUAGUCCGUCACAAUCUCCACUAGGCUGGGCGUCUCCCACAACAGCUUAUUAAUACUUUAAAAAUAAUAUUAUUAUUAAAUAUUAAAGAGACCUUUCUUUCCUUCUGUAGUAGCUCUGACAGUAUAGCUGGAGAAAGCACUAUGAGUAAACCGAAGUCGUUCGAAAUAGGAAAAGCUCAUUUUACUCUCGACAAACCGAUUGAGGUAUGCCCUCAUUAUUAUUCGAAGCAGUUCUUUGGUUGUUCUUCCUUGGAUUAUACAUCAACUUCUUCUUCUAGUAUAUCUGGAGAACUUUAUGUCGCAUGAUGUUAAUUUUUGUCUUUUAUUUUCCCUUAGCGAUUUACCUCAAUUCAAAGUCAAAUCUCUAGGUGAGUCAUAAUAAUAUAUAGAUUUAGCCAAGCCUAAAAGCGGAGCUCACAUUUUUUUCUUCCCAUACGUCUCAAGGGCACAACGCCUUGCCCCGGCCAGGACUAGAACCCGGGUCGUCCGACUCGGAGCCCAGUGCACGGACCACUGGACUACUGAACAAAGCCGUGGCGUUGGCGUGCCCGCGGUACAGUUGACCACGCAUGUUAAAAGUAGCACCUUGUAAGGUCGUACGGUCGCACGGUCGUACGGUCGUACAUCCAAAUUUUUUCGGCUUGAUGGGUUGCUACUAUUUUGUAUAAUUAUGGGGCUACGCUCUGCGAGCUCCGCUAUAAUUCAAAGUUUAUAAAUACCAUAAUAUAUAUAAUAAUUAUAAGUACUACUGAUGGUAAUUGACAUAAAAUUUAAACUGUACAUCCGUGCUCCCCUCUGUUAGUAAAGAUCUACUCGUGUUCUAUCACAAAUGCUGCAGUCUCAUUGGCUGGACUACUCGUUAUCUAGUCCUUAAUAGCCAGUGAGUUAGGUGACUAGCAUGUGAGAGUGAAUCAUUUUUAAACACGAGUCUGUAUAUUUGUCAAGUUCUCAGCAAAAAUUAAGUUUAUAUUAAAACCAAAAUAAUAUAUUCGUUAAAAUGUUGGCUCAUUUAGAGUGCCCUUUUCCGUAAUGGCUUCCUGACAAAUGUUCUUGGUUUCGUCUAUUGAUGUGGAAAUUGUUGCCGAAGAGUCCAAAGAAGCUCAGAUGCAGGGAAAAAUUUUCCAUUCAAGAGCAAGAGUUUAAAAUCUUCCCAGUUAUUAUCUUUUCCUUACAUAUCCUGCAAUAAAUUAAUUCCAGGCACAUCUUUGAAUAAACCCGCUGACUACUUUCCUUUGUGGGCAACCAUAAUCGGUUAACUAUUUAUUCUUCUUUUGAUAUCAUACAUUGUAGCACUGGAGUUGAAGCUAAAGGAGGCGGUAGGCUAGGAGCGGAAUCACUGGACCUAGGCGCAACACAUUUUUCUCUUGACAAACCGAUUGAGGUAUGCCAUUAUUGUAGCAAAUUUGAGAUUAUUCAGUUGAAGCCUUUGCACAGCCUUUCCAAGUGUAUGUCACGCAUUGUGAUACAGUUACCGUAGAGCACCGUCGCGUUUCAUCUCGACCUAUAGAACGGUUGCCAAGUAGCCUUCAGAACAGGUGUAAACAUUUUAGUUUUUCUCGGGCGAACGGAGGCAAGCACCAAGCAAGCGCAAGUCGCGUUAAGAGAGGAGCGAAAAAAAAAUUCAUUUUUUUUCACCCUUCUCUCCUCGGGCGUAACUUGCAUUCUGCGCUCGCUUUGUGCUUGCCUCCGCAACUACUCGACAACUACAUGUACUCGGCGAGUAGCCGUGUACAUGUAGUUGGGGUACAAUGGCCCCCUAGUUUUAUAGCAGGGUAAGAAACAAAUCAAAACAGAAAACCUGCUAACUGUGUAUAAAGUAUUUCACAGUUCCACGCAGGAAGAACCUAAGUUAAUCCUUGGGUAGUAAAAUCAUGAUUUCAUGAUCUGACGUCAAUCAACUUCAGGUAAAAUAGCUAGUCAAGUGCAAUUUAGUGUUUAAAUCAAAUUCUUGUGUUUACUUUCUUGUAGAAGUUUGAUUCCAUCUACUGCCAAGCCUCUGGGUGAGUUAGAAUGUAAUUCAAAGUUGAAACAAUGUUUGAGAGCUGUUUGACCCGAUGUCACUUGUGUGGAGAGACAGUCAUAUCUCUUCUGACUUGUUUUUAGACAACGAUUGUGGGAAAAAAUUGAGCACUACUUCAUAGUCAGGAAAAAACAAAGGUUUCCAUGAGGGCCGGUUAUCGACAAUCUAUCACAGCCUAGAAGUCUCUUUUAGCAAUGUCCGUGAAGCUUGCGAGGUGGCUCUUGUGGUUUGGUUUUUCCUUCAGGCCUCUUUUCCGGGCACAGCGCCUCUUACACAGUCGGAAAUCGCUUAUAGAAAAAGUCACUGAAACCCUUGAGUAAAAAACCUUUAGUUAUGUGCACUUACAUUUGAAAGGAGAUUUGCGUAGGGACCUGGGGACCGCACUCAUUUAGGCCUGAGCCUGAUAAGUGCGACUUGGACGCCAUGUUAUGCUUUACUCUGUCGAUUAUGGAGGCUUCGUAACUCUUGAACAUCAGAUAUUGAAAGAGAUGGAAGGUGGACGUAUCUACAAACGUUAUUCUUCGUCUGUUGCAGGUCUUCACAAGCGAUACUCUCAUAUUCGUCAGACGAUUUGCUGAUAAGAAGACUUUCAUGGAUACAUGAAGAAGACAACCGUGAGGAAGACUCCUCUUCUUUUAGUGGACUAGGUAUGUAUCAAUAAGCUGGCAUGUUUGGCUUAAGGUAAUUCCCCAGUAUUGCACUGCGCAUUCUGUACUACGCAUUAAAAUCACGUAAUCCGACGAAUAAGCGUGCGCACAUUCUGAGAACACGGUAUUGUCUUUAAACAAUGGACCAAGUAAAGAGGUACGAUGGUCUUUAGCUCGUGAACGAGCACGGUGACCUUUAUUUUUCAUUGCAUAAUUUUGGUGUACAAAUUAUCUCCUUCAACUUAAAGAAAUUAAAAAAUACAUGGAAGGGCAAAAAGUAUGGCCAAAGGCGAGGCUGGACACUCAAGUAUUCAAAUUUUGAACCUGGAAGGAACGCCUCGAGGAGCGUUUUGAGUCGAUGUCGUUAAAAAUUGCGUUUCCCACAAAUUAAGUAUCAAAUUGUUCCAUAUGCUGAAGACUUCAACCGAUAAAUUUUUUAUCAAGGGUUACUAUAAAAACCCUGGCUUCCAGUACACGCAUAAAAAAGAUAAUAACAGACCUCUGUCAUGGAGGAAAGUUAUACCAAAGGUAAACUCCUCUAAAAGUGAAAUCUCGGGUUUUUUUUUUUCAGUUAAAAAAAAAAAAUUAGAUAGCAUAACGACCUCUUGACAGUACCGCAAUCGUUUUUUUUUUCUCUUUUAUUACUUAGACUUGUUUUCCCCUCAACUCGUACAACCUACAAGAAAUAGACCACCUCCCCUUAGAAUACGCCGUCCAGCAAAACAAGUAACAGCAACCACAAGCACGGAAGAAAUUACGACACAAUUUAGUGGCUUAGAAGCUCGUGAGACAGCUGAUCUAGGAAAGAAGCCGCUAACGAAUAGUAACACCAACUGCCAGUGA